AUGCCUUCGAGAUGUGGGUUAUGUGAAAAGGCAAAAGAGUCUAGUUCCCACCUUUUUAUUCACUGCGAGUAUAUCCAGGCCCUAUGGAAUAUGUUCUGUGAUCUAUUUGGUGUCAAAUGGCAACACUUCACAAGAAUGGAAGAUUUAUUUAGCUGGUGGAAACGUAAAGCAAAAUCUGUCACUUUCUCAAGAGUAUGGCUUAGUGGCGCGGUGUUAAUUCCUUAUGCAGUUUGGAUGGAGAGGAAUAUGAGAAUCCACGAGGGUACCUAUUGGCAUCACAGGCAGCAUUUUGCUAUGAUUAAAGGAGAGAUAGGCAUGAUUUCGAUAGUGCACCUUGGGAAGAACUUGUCCGUAGCUGAUUUGAUGUGUGCCAGGAGAGUGGGAAUUCCCCGUGUAAUUGGCAAGCAAAGAGAAAUUUUUGAAGUUCGAUGGUGUCUCCCCCCUCAGAACUGGAUUAAGCUAAAUACUGAUUGGUGCUCGCUAGGGAAUCCUGGAAAGGCUGGAGCUGGCGGUAUGUUUAGAAAUUACAAGGGCAAACCUUUGCUGAAUUUCAGAAAUUUUGUUGGUGUAAAAUCUAACUUUGAAGCUGAAUUUUUAGCUCUCAUUACCGGCCUUGAACAUGCAAAAAACUCUUGUAUCCAAAACCUUUGGAUCGAGUGUGACUCUGCUGCUGUGGUGUUCUUAUUCUCCAAAGGGCUGGUUCCAUGGUUUAUUCAGCAAUGA